UUUUAUAUAUAUAAAUAAAAGAGAAAAAGAAGAAAAGCAAAAAGCUUUUUGUUGUAACUUUCAAAAAGGAAGAGAAGAAAAGGAAUAAAUUCUUAUUACCAAAUUGAAAUUCCUCAAUGUUUAUUCCCUCUCAAAAUUCAAAAAUACCGAGAUUUGCACAUACAAAAUAUGACCGUUGGAGCCCCAAGUGUGUUAAACUUAACAGUUCCGUUACACAAAUUGAAAUGACCGCAGUAACGACGUUAGUGGGGGAUCCCAAUCGCGAGACCGCACGUCCUCCCACGUGCAAACGGUGACAAUCUCUGAGUGAGGAACAUGUCAUUUUAUCGUAUCUCAUCAUCUUCCCAAAUUGCUCACUAGAGAGUUCGGUUACACUGAGUUACAGUAAAGAAGAGACCACAAACGCCAUGGGAAGACUUAGAGCUAAAUGCGACUAUGAAGAUCUCAGAAACGCUCGCAUUUUAGAGAAUAAGGAGCGAUUAGCGUCGUUAGGGUUGAAGAAGGCUGUAACCGAACUUCGUUCCAUUAUUUCAUCUGCCAAGUCGGCAAAGAUCCACGCGAGAAAAUGUCACUACAAGCUCUCCCGAAUCUCUCUUCCUCUUCGUCGUUCCGAUCGAUUGAAGCAGAUUUCACCGGUCUCCACUCCAGUUCGUUGCCAGAUUUCCCCCCGGAGGUCCGACAGAUUGAAGAGGAAAUUAGUUCUAGAUUGUAAUGAAGUGGAGGAAGAGAAUGUGAAUAGGCCUGCGAAUGCUCCUUUAGUGAAGAUCAGUAAUUCGGAACUUUGGCUUUCGCCGGAUGCUUCGGCACGGAGGUGUAAUAGUAAGGGACGAGGGAGCGUUUAUGAUCCUGUUUUUGGAAUCUGUUGCCAUUUCUGCAGGCAGAAGAAGCUAUGUGGGGAAGAAGAUUGCAGGAGAUGUGGCGAUUUUGAUAUGGAUGAACCAUGUAUCGGAAAAACCGAUUGCUCUGUUUGUCAUUCCUCCAAUGGUGUCUUUUGUCGAGCUUGUCUGAAGGUCAGAUAUGGUGAAGAAAUGGAAGAAGUGAUUAAGAACAAGAAAUGGAUGUGCCCUCAUUGUGUGGAGGAGAAAGGAAUCAACUCAUAUUGGAUUUGCAACAGUUCAUUGUGCUUGAAGAAACGCAAGAUGGCUCCAACUGGGCUUGCCAUUUACAGAGCUCGGAAAAUGGGGUACGAAUCUGUUGCACAUUUGUUAAUGGAUGAGCUUAAGCGAGCAGAUUUACGCAGCAGAUAAGCCUUCGUUCUCUCUUUUUUACUUAUGAUCGACUAGAGUUUCUAGUGAUGUGAAGUAGUAAUUUUUUGCUUCUAGUCUGUAUCAUAUGUUUUUCACAAUCAUCAAUACGUAAAGUAAUUAGAUUUCCCCAAAUUCAGUUUCAAACUAUCUGUUUGAGAAUAUUUGGAUUUAGUCAUCACAAGUUUUAGUUAAUAAUGGAUUAGUAAUCAAUGGGCUAA